GUGAAGGAGCGAUGCGUCGGGAGCGCACUCUCGCGGCAAACCGGCGAAACUAUACUCGCGGAAAUAAUUAUCGCGAUUUAUGUUAUUUGCAAAUACGAACGGGAAUUAAUUAAUUGCGUUAACAUGUCGAGUAGAAAGGAUUAGGAGGCGAACGGGCGUCGUAGCCGUUGCCAGCUUCCCGUCUACGGUGAAAGGAGUUCCCUGGCUGCCCAGUGCGGGAAUGGACUUGGCAGAAACUAUGAAAAAUAUUGUUGCCAAAGGUAUGCAAACAGAGAUGGGUCCACCGGGUGGAGGUUCAGGAUACCCUGGUAACCCAAGUAGCGCAGGAUAUGUAACGGAGAAAACAUAUAUGUUAAUUCAAGCAUAUUUGCAAAAUAAAAGUUGGAAUCCUAGCAUUGAAUUGUUACAAUGCUUUGCUGAAUUUAAGGAUGGAUCUAUAAUACCAAGUGCUGCGUAUUUACAAAUGAUGGCAUCCAGAAUAGCAGUUGAUUCACAAGGAAGAUUGGUAUUGAGAGAAAAUGGGAAAAUAAUACUACCUUAUGAACAUUUUGCCAACGCGGUGAUGAUGAAGCACAUGACUGGGCCACAGGGUAUACAUUUGGGACUGGAGGGAACAGUUAGGGCUGUUAUGGAAUCUUAUACGAUUGGACGAGAAUAUUUUGGAAUGGAGAAGGAAUUUAUCAUCGAGAUUGUACAAAAUUGUCCAAAUCCAGCUUGCAGAUACAAGAAUCAGUUUGAGAUGCAGAAGAUGGGUCAUAUGGCACCCACAUAUAUUCAAGAAAAUGAAGCUACAACGUCCCUUUUACGUUCUGGCUUUCCACAUAAUACAGAUUUUCAACCAGCUUUAAGUGGUGGUAAUCCAAACACACACUUACCGAUGGGAACUGGAGCGGACAUGUCGGAAAUGAGAGGUGGUGGUAAUCAAAUGAAUAUACAACGUCCACCUAGCCGUCCAUCUUUAAAUAUUCCACAUCGGCCUGUGUCUCAAGAAAAAAAAGUACCAACCAAUAAACAGCAUUACGAAUCGCUAAUACCUAAUAUUCCUAUAUCGGAUCACAAAUUGACAGAGUUCUUACGAACAAAUUUGGAUAAUUUGGACAAUCUUAGUGGAUUUGGGUUAGGUAAUCUUCAAAGUUUAAGCAAUGCAAAUAAAGAUCUAUUAGCUUUACACAAUGGUGCUUGGCCGUUAGAAAAUGAAAAGGGUUCACGUUCAAGUUCUUCUAACUUGGAAGUUGGACAAGAAAAGAUUAUUAGAGCUUACGCAGAAGUUAUAAAAAACACGGCCAGGAUGAAAACUUGCAUACGUCCUGCUAUGUGCAAGCCAUAUGGGAAACAAUCUGAAGCAUUACAAAAAACUUUGAUCGAUACGAUACAGCUUGUACAAUCUCUGAGGAGUAUUAUACCACCACCUAUUAUACCAAUCGUGAGCUGGAAAAAUGAAGAUAAACAUCGGUUAGAUCAUACCAGUACUCCUUAUCUUCCCGCAUUAAAAGCUGGCGGAUUAGAAGAAUUAUGCGAACAGCGCAAGUUAGACUAGAUGAUCUAGUUUCUAGCUUAAUAUAGUAUAAGACCAAUGUUUCGUCUUUGCGCUCUAUGGUGUUCUAGUCAGAAAGUGUAUAUGAGAGGGUUGUUUAGUUUAUUCUAAACAAAAACCCAAGUGGGAUUGCUGAAAAAAGUUGUUGGCAUUUAGGACUUCAAAUACUAAGAGACAAAACGAGUCAUGCGUGGACUGUGAUAAACGUGGGUAGCAAAGAAAAUUUAUAUGUAGUAAAACUGAUAAAAACCACUCACGGCGUUAAAUUAGAAAUUCAGGCUAGCCAUUAUCUUGUUAUUAUUAUAAUUAUUAUAAUUAUUAUUAUUACUAUUAUUAUAAUUAUUAUUAUCAUUUGAUUGAUUUUUCGUCGACGAAAGAAAUUUACCUAUGGAGCUUAUAUUUAAAUAUAUAAUAUAUUAUUUAUGUAAAUUGAAUCACAGUUAUGUUCUAUUGUCUAUUUAUAGUUGAUGAUAUUGUAGAUUAUUUUAAUAACUCGCCAAUUGUGUUCCAAUGAUUACCUGAUUAAAGGUAUAUAUUACGAUUUUUCUAAAAGGAAGAAAAGAAAAAAAGAAAAAAUUAUUUAAGCAUAUUAGAUGUACGUACGGAUUUAUAAUUAAUCAUCGGUGCAAUGAGAAUAGGCAUUGAAGGAUGAUAAAUGCAAGAUUUUCGAAUUUGUAUGAUUCGACAAGGAUUAUUAUUAAACGAAAGCAUUGGAAGCUUUAAAAAAAGCACAAAGAAGGAAUUGUGAUUUCAUAAAUACUCACAUUGUAUUAUUUUAGAUUUUGUACGUUUGUUAUGAACUUAGUAAAUGAAAGAAUUUAUUAUUUAUGUUAUAUAAAAAAAAUAAUAAGAGAUAGAUAGAGAAAGAAAGAGAGAGAGAGA